UACAGCGCUGCCGCCGAUCGAGUUGGACGGCAGCAGCGGCGAGGACGAGGACCAGACCCGGGACGAAGAGACAGAGAGACUCACCGGCGGGACCAGGACGAGGCCCCGCGACACCACGCCACCGCCUCGACAACUCGAUACCACGACAGUGUCACCAUUAUCGUGCAGCGUUGUGACGUGGGUGAGGUAGGUGGAGGUCGCGGCGGACGCGUCGCUCGUCAAACGGCAGGAUGAGACCCGAUGAGAUGGUGGUGAAUAAUGGCGAGCAACGGCGGGCGGCGGAGACGAUGUCGGAGACGUCGGAGGGCACCGCGACCACCAGCGUGUCCGGCAAGUCUGGCUACGAGAGCCGCGAGGAGCUGCGUGAGCUCGCGACUUUGCUAGGCAUCAGCGAUCCCGAGGACCUUCACCAAGAACGGUUCCGCGUGGACCGCCGCAAACUGGAACAAAUGCUUCUCGGUGAUGUCAAACCGGCGGAUACCUUCUUCCUUAGUGUUAUGGAGAGAACGAAUACCAUCGUUACGUGGCCGUCGCGACUGAAGAUCGGAGCGAAGUCGAAGAAAGAGAUGCAUUUACGCGAAAUAUAUAAAAUCAUAGAUAUGUUUAUUCGAAAACAAAAACGAUCAAUCUAGCAAUUUGAUUUUUAGCAAAGUAACAGAGUGACCAUGAAGCUGGACGUUAGUUACACCGACCAUUCGCAUAUCAUCGGCAAGGGCGGCCUGACGAUUAAGCGAGUGAUGGAGGAAACUGGCUGCCACAUCCAUUUUCCAGACAGUAACCGCAGCAAUCACCAAGACAAGAGCAAUCAGGUCUCCAUUGCUGGCGAGAUGGAGAGCGUCGAACGCGCCCGCGCCCGUGUGAGGAAUCUGACGCCUCUGAUCUUUUCGUUCGAACUGCCUAUAAUGGGCGCGUCGCAAAGCACGCCAGAUUGUACUUCGCCGUACGUCGUAAAGAUACAGGAGAAGUACAACGUACAAGUGAUGUUUCGUACGAGACCGAAGCUACACGCCACCUUGGUGGUCGUCAAGGGAUGCGAGUGGGAGGUUUCUCAAGUCAAGGAAGCGACGGUUCUGCUGAUCCGUUAUAUGUGCAAAAACUUAGCUAGUCAAAUCCAAGUACAAAUGUCGAUGGAGAUUUCACCUCAACACCAUAGCAUCGUACUAGGGAAACAGAGUAGCAAUCUGAAAAUGAUUAUGACGCGUACUGCCACACAGAUUAUGUUUCCCGACGCUGGUGAUCCGAAUAUACCCAGCCUCAAAAAAAGCAACGUCACUAUUACUGGCGCCAUACACAAUGUUUACUUGGCACGACAACAAUUAGUGGGCUCAUUGCCAUUGGUACUCAUGUUCGAUUUACCGGAGGACUCCAUGUCCGCUUCCGUGGAUACCGAAAAAAUCUCUCAGCUCCAGACGUCCCUGGACGUGUUUAUUAAUAUUCGGCAUAAACCGAAACAAAGCACGCUCUCUGUGAUUAUAAAGGGAAUUGAGAGAAACGCUGGUAAUAUCUACGAGGCACGGAAGCAGCUAUUGGGGCUAGAUGAGCCUAGGGUUCACGCAGAGAUACCGGCCACUUAUCACAUUCCAAAUGCCGGCAGUAUCUUUCAAGCUAAUUCCAAUAAUAACAAUGACGUCAGUACCAAUAAUAAUCUGAUCAGCAGUAUGGCGGAUAACUUUUCAAGCAUGUUGAACGUAAACACGCAGACUCCACCCUACUGCGUGUCGCCGCUUCCGCACUCACCGAAUUCCAUGGGACUAUCAUCGCCGUGGAGCCACCUCACUCAUUAUAUUCCGUCCAUGUGCGCGUACCCUUACCCUCACCUGAACCACCUGCUGACGACGCAGCACAUGCUGCACAACAACGUGAUGGGAUCCUCUCACGGCCCCCAUGGAUUAUCAAACCAUGUGAUGCCACCUGGUCUUGGACCGUUUCACUCUAACGGUGUGUCGACCAGCUUUUCUGGUAUUCAUGGUUUGAGCGCCAACUCGUUGACGGACAGCAAAGAGGGUAGCAGUGCUUAUUCUUCGCUAAGCAGCGUUUCCAGCUCUCUAUCUAGUCCUGCCAUCAGUCCUCGUAACAUUUCACCAGUCAAUCCUACAGAUACUAGCUCUAACUUAACGGAUUUAUCCAGCAUGUUGUCUGAUUUACCAGUCACCGAUCGACGUGCACCUGGUUGCGAGAAGAAAUCACUAGAGAUGGCUGCGCAGCAGAAUCUCACGCCCUUCGACUACGAGCAGAAGAAGCUACUAGCCACGAAGGCGAUGCAGAAUAAGCCGAGCGGCAGCGAUUUCCGCGUGCCGACAUCUGCUUGGUCUGGUUAUGGGCUUAGCCAGAGCAUUCCACCCAUAACUUCGAGCGAAUUAAACAAGGAGCUGACGUCACAUCCCUCAGAUUUGUGGAAAGAACCGACCACGCCAGUCGGUUUCAGUACCGAGAUGGACUUCAGUAGUAUUAUCUCGAGCAAGGACCGCGUUGGACAGAUCGGGAUGGCUUCGAAUUACAUGGAUCAUACGCCGACUUCCCAUUUGAAUAAGAUCACGUCGUCCCAUCGUUACAACGAUCUGGCCAGCAUGCUAACCAGCAUCGGCUUGGACAAGUAUAUACGCUUGUUUACGUCUCACGAAGUGGACAUGGCCACGUUUCCUUCUCUGACCGAGAAAGAUCUCUGCGAAAUCGGAAUUACUGCUUGGGGCGCAAGGCGCAAGAUAAUGCUAUUAAUAUCCGAAAUGAACAAACGAACUAGUCCAUUUUCCGGAAGCGCGGCGCCCGGCGCCGAACGGAAGUCAUCCUUGCCGUCGGCGUCGUCGUCGUCGCUUGGAUGCAACUUGGACACCAAAUGGUAAGAGAAGAACGAUCGCGUGCAUGUUUAUUUUCGUUCCGAAGGCGACAGCGUACCAGCGUUCUCGGCGCGGAUCCGAGGUGUCGUGUAUCAGCCACAAUUACGAAGAGUAAUACGUACUUAAUAAUGCCGAUUGUGCGUGCAACUGCGGAAAUUAUUGGCCGUUAUGUAUGGUGUUUGGGUGGAAUGAACGAUUCGCGAAAUUUGCUAAAACGAAGGAGACUACUUCGUUAUCCAUCGCGUGUGUACUAACGCGAGAUGGACAGCCAAGCAGUUUCCAGGUUGAUGAUUUGAAAUUCGGAUAUAUAUAUAUAUCGAGAGAAGAAUCAACGGAGAAAGUUAUUUUUGUGGCCGGGAAUUGGCUGUAUCUUUUUUUUCUUCAAUUUUUUUUCGCUAUUCUCGGCGCUCGCCCGGAAGGUGCCUUAGGAUUUAGGAUUAAUCGUUAUUAUUUCUCUGCUGGUUGUACACUUGUUUUUGUUCGUUAUUCUGUGUUGUUGCAUCCGCGUCGCUAUCGUUUCUUCCAUUGGAUCUUGGAUCCUAUGAAUUUUGUGACCCAAUUAACGCUUUCAAACAAACGUGCUAGUUGCUAGUAAAAAAAGCAUUGUGUAAAAUUACGCUUAAAUUGUUUGCGAAACGUCGACGCGCGCGUGCCACUUGUUAUAUCGUGUGAUAAUUCGAUGACCGGAUGAUCAGUAUGUGUAAGUGAAUGCAUGGAUGUGUGUACGUAUGUGUGUCUGUGCGCGCGUGUGUGUAUGCAUGUGUGUGCAUGAAAUGUUAGGCAAAAAUGUUUCGAGGAAAAAUUGAAAAAUUUAAGAAUUGUCAGUUACUUUAGAAAUUUAGAAUGAAAUGCGAUGGGCGAGGGAUGUCCCGUGUGUUCAGCGGCCUUUCGUCCUAGCAAAAAUUCACGUAUAUUUAAUUCAGACUAAGCUCGAAUCCAACCGUGAGUCGGCCGUUGUAAUUGAAAUUCUAAGAAAAAAACGACCAAUGCGAAUCGGUGAUUUGAUAUGUGUGCAAUAACCAAAUGCAGUUUGGACGGACAGAUUUCGCACGCGAUUGCGAUUUCGAGUUUUACAAAGUAAGUAUAAGUUACCAAAUAUUUAUUAAUUAUUUCGCGAAAGACGCUGGACGCACGUCAAACAAUAGACCGCAAGAACUUUUCGUGUAAAGCAUGCGUUGAAAAUAGAACGGUGUAAAACGGAUUCUAUAGCGCAAGUAUUUCGUGAGUCACUCUCCACGUAUUGCGAGCGAUAUUUUCCGAACAGCUGAUCGAAUCGAAUAACGAUAACGAAGAUAUAAUUCGCGAUAAAUCGUCGCGUUAAUUAGGAUCGCCUUUACUAUCACAUUGAAAAAAGGAUCAUCAAUCCUAAACUUGGCAGAGUCAAGAAAAAUUGAUCUUAAAACUAUAUUAUAAAAAUGCGAAAAAUAUAAAAACUGAAUAAUUAUAUAACCAUUAUCUGAUAUAUAAGGAUUAAAACACAAAAACUAGAAGAACAUAAAAUUUACAAAUUUAUGCGAUAUGCAGAAAUGCAAAAUUAAUCUUUGCAUUUCAUGAAGCUUGCUUUUUUUAGCAACUAAUUAAUUUUUCUACGAUAUUUAUGACAUAAAAAGAUAAUUAUGAUGGUAAUUCGGACGAGGUAUGCAAGUAUGAUUUAUAUAGAAUUUAAGAACUUGAAAACGAUAUCCACAAAUUGUGCCAAGUUUAGAUUCUUUCGAUUAUCCUCGCAUGCAGAGAGCUUUACUGGCCGCAGUCGAUUUCGCAAAACGAUCGUUUUAUAGACAUAAGAUAUAUCUCAUUCUCGGUAUAAUUUAUUACAAAUUUUAAGCAUUAUUUGUUAUUUUUUUUUUUUUGGAACAAAGGAAUGAAAGCGUUAGGUAAAUGAGUUCUUGAUUCACGCGCACAUUAUUAUUUAAAAAUUAAUAUAACGCGUUAUCCACAUCGAACCGGUAUUUAAAAUCGAAAAAAAUACUAUUGUCACUUAUUUUGUAGAGAAUGUAAAAUCGGUUCUUUCGUGAAAUCUUCGAAUCGCGCGACCAUUGAUCCACGAUCGCCAAUCUCGUGUGAACAUAUUUAUCGUCAGGUAAUCCUACGUGAAAGUCGAAAUGAGAAAAGCACAAUCGCGCGAUCGAGCCAAUCGAACAUGCCUAACGAACGAUUUUACUGCGAAGAGUUCUUGACUAAGUCUUUUGCGAAAUCUUUUUAAGCGCGUAAAUUAUUUGUGCGCUCGCGAGCUAGAUUGGGACAUUAAAAGUAAAUUAAUGAAAAAAAGAAUAUUUUCCAAAUACGUGAUAUAAUAUUGGACUGUUCGGUUCUAUUGUCAGUUACUCGUUUUUUUUCUUUUUUUUCGUUCAAUGGUAAUAAAGAUGAUGGUGUAAGACAGAAAGCUUCCAAAAUCCUUCAAUCUGAUCGUAGAAAAAGAAUUGUAAGGAGAUGUGAAUGAAGAUGGUAUGCUGCAUUCUCAGAAAUUGAAUAAAUUAAUUUUGCAUGGAUAAAAUGGUACAGAAUAUAAUAACAUAUAUAAAAAUUAAAAAAUUCUAAAUUUCAAAUUUUAAACUGUCAUAUCUCUGCUAUACAUAGUUAUUCAUACUAUAACUUUAGGACUAAUAUAAUUAAUAACUGUAUUUGCUAUAUCAAUGACGCGGCAUAACUUUUAAUAAAUUUAAUUCUAUUAGAUCUCACUGCUAACUUAAUUCAAUUUUAAAUUGCAGAACAAAAAUACAUAGAAAGAGUCAUCUAUAAUAAUGUUCUUUCAAUUUUUAUCUCAUCUCAAUGCUACAUAUCACCUUCAUUUAAUUGCAUCUGCAUUUGCCGUCUUAGGUGCGUUUUCGCAAGAGGCAAGAGGAUAUUUUUGUGUGGUAGCGAUUUGUUGUAAUACCGAUCGUUGUAUUUCUAAAAGGGGAAUCCUUAACGGUAAAAGGAUAUCUCGUCGAGUACUGAGAAAGAUGACACUCUGUAACUGAAAAAUACGCGAGCGAACAAGAAUCUUGUGUAAUAUAUCCACUAUCGCUGCGGAUAAAAAUGUAUAUGCAUAGGCAUAAUCGUGAAGCAACGAAGCAGCGCAAGCAUUCUCGAGUUUGAAAAACACUCGUUCAAAAAUCGCCGGUACUCCGUCUCAAACAGGGCAUUUCAAAUUCCAAGAGCUUGAGAAAAGCAAUCUCAAUGUUAAACAUUAAAUUGUAGAUUUAUUUUAAACAUAAUAUUGCAGAGGCAGAAAAUAUAAGACAUUUUUUAAUAUCG